AUGUGGAACGACGAGGACAACAACCCUUACGCGGAAGGCUUUGACCGGAGGGAUAGCUUGACUUCCUCCUCAGCCAACCCGGCCUCUCCUACCACUCACAGUACUGAUGCCGACUGGGAGACUCUAGACCAGCGAUUCGACAUCCCGCAGACCCCGUCAACGACAAGCGACGAGGGCCCCCAGAAUCGCCCCCACGCCCACGAAGAUAGUGAGGUUGAGAGCAGCGACAAUGAGCCGAUUGCUAGAGACAGAGGCGACAUUGUCCCGCGCCCCAAGCCUGGUGGUUACGAGAGCCGAGUCGAGCAGAUCCUUUGGGAGAACCCGUCAAUGACUAUUCUCAUUACGGAUGCGGGAAAGAGCGCGGAGAGCGGGGGGAAAUAUAUCGUCUACACCAUCCGGACAGGCAAUCUCGAAGUCCGCCGACGUUACUCUGAGUUUGCUUCCCUGCGCGAGGCGUUGACCCGACUUCACCCUACCCUGAUCAUUCCCCCCAUCCCCGAGAAGCACACCAUGGCCGACUACGCCGCGAACCCGACGAACGCGAAGCAAGACCAGCAAAUCAUUGACCUGCGCAAGCGCAUGCUCGCUGUCUUCCUGAACCGAUGCCGGCGCAUGGAGGAGGUCCGAGCCGACGGUGUUUGGUGGAGAUUCCUUGACCCUAACGCUAGCUGGAGCGAGGUGUUGCACUCCCAUCCGGUGGCUUCGAUACCCAAAUCAGUCCUGAAGGCGCCUCCUCUGGAUCCCCCGAACCCCACGCCGGCUCACAAUUUCCUCCCCAUACCAGCGACCUCGGCUAAGCUGAAGACGACGGGUGGCCCUGGUGUCGACCCCGGAGCGAUCUCUGGUACAGGUUCCCACGAGCUUGACCCUUACUUCAUUACGUAUGAGGCUUCGAUCAAGGAACUAGAGCAGUUACUGUCGGGAUCCAUGGAGAAGGUCAAUCGCAGGACUCUGAGCCACUUAUCCGUUCUUGCUGCAGAUCUCUGCGAGCUGGGCUCAAAGUUCAAUGCGUUUGCGCUCUCAGAACAAGCGCCCUCUCUGGGACCAGCCCUCGAGAGAGUUGGCCAGGCAGCGGACUCCUCCUACAUCGCAACAGAGGAGCUCUCUGGCUCGCUUGGAGCCAGUUUUGCGGAGCCGAUGCGCGAGAACGCACAAUUUGCAGGCGUGGUUCGCAGCGUACUAAAGUAUAGGGUGCUGAAGCGGGUUCAGCAGGAGCAGACGAGCGACGAGCUCAGUAAGAAGAUUGCAUUACUCGACCAGUUGGAGCGGAGCGAGGCGGAGGCCAAACGUAUCGAGCAAUACCUGAGCAGCAGCCAGCAGAUUGCGCCGGCACCGAAGCGAUCAACCAGCCUUCGGGAGGCGAACACUUCACACCACCAGCGUGAGGGUAGCGCCGAGGAUACGGCGUCUAUCGACUCGGAUUUUCCCCCUACCCACGGCGAGCCAGUGCCCACCGCAACGCAGGGAGUUCCGCAGCGAAGCAACUCAACGCCUGGCCAUAAGAAGGCCGCGAGCAGUAAUUCGAUCACGAACAAAAUCUUCGGACCGAUUCGUCAUGCUAUUCAAGGUGUAGCCGACGUCGACCCCGAGAGAACCCGCCGUGACAUGAUUGGAAAGACUCGGGAGAGCAUUGAGCAGCUGGAGCAGGCAAAAGUUGUUUCCGAGCAUGACGUCAAGGAAGCCAGCACCAGCAUCCUGAAGGACUUGAAGAGAUUCCAGGGAGAGAAGGAAGAGGAUCUGCGCCGGUACAUGCUGGCCUAUGCCAAGAGCCAAAUCGAAUGGGCAAAGAAGAACAAGGAGACAUGGGAAGAUGCCAAAGCCGAGGUCACCAAGAUUGACGAGAGUUAG